AUGAGGAGGGAGGCAGAUCGAAAGGAGAAAGAGCAGGAGAGGGAAGAGUGCAGAUGCACAUCGAGGAGGAGGAAAGAAGAACAAAAGAUGAAGGAGCAGGAGAGGAAAGAGUGCCAAUGCGCAGCAAGGAGGAGGGAAGCGGAUCGAGCUGAUGGGCCAUCGAGCUCGAAGUCAAAAUGGAAGCCAAAGUGGAGGUGUUGGAUCUCAAGGAUCUGGGGUCACGAGGUGAAGUUGUUACAAGAACAUCUAGAUGCAUGGGCCCCUACCAUUUUUCUCCUUAUCCUCCUCGUCUCCGCCCUUGCAUCACACCCUUACCCCGACCUUGCUCUUGUUAUCCUCAUUAUCCUCGCAUUCCCUUUCGCUCUCUACCUGUCACUCCAGCAGAGCCAGUACAUUUGGCUGGACCCUUUCUCUGAUGAAGCAUACCCAUGCUCUGUUCAAUCCGUUGACUGA